AUGGCGACUGGCAACUACAGUCACCAUGACCUUGCCAUCGACCCCCUGAUCCAACUCUACUAUCAGAACUUCCAUCCUUCACAUCCCUUCCUGCUGCCUCGGAAAGCCCUGCUAAGUCUGCUCAACACGCAUGUCCCGCCAUAUCUUCUCGCAAUAAUACGGUACGUCGGCGCUCACCACCAGCAUGACAGCGGUCUGCACCCGAUCCUCCCUGAAGCAGCAGAUACGGCGUUACAUGCCUGCUCGCUCGCGACAGGGUUCACAGUGCAGGGUAUGCUCCUUCUGGCGAUCACAGAGCACGCCCACGGGUACGAGACCCGGGCGCACGAGACUCUCCAGCGGGCAAUUGCCCUCGCUCUCCAGUUGGGGAUGGAUCGUCCGGAGUUCGCCCUGAAAAACAGCUUCGGCAGCGCCACUAUGGCAGAAAGCUGGCGCAGGACAUACUGGGAACUCUACGUGGUCGAAGGGUUGCUUGCUGCCGUGAGCAAGAACAAUCGGACAUGCAGUAACUUGUAUACAAGGGGAGUUGGAUUGAACUUCCCCUGUAACGAAACAAUUUACUCUGCUGGGACUACGGCAGAAGCAUACGAGAUAUCCUCCUUUGCCCAUCGAAUUGAAGCAAUUAGGAGUCUGGACCGGGUCUUUGAAAUAAGCCGUGCAAAUCAAUACAAUUAUGACGAGGUACAAGCCAUCGACACCCAUCUGACUUCCUCGCUGCUGCGUCUGCCUGUUCCUAGGGAAGACCUGGACGAGAUGGUUGUCCAGGCACAGAUGGUGAUAUAUUUGGCAAUGAUACACCUCUACCAACCACUGUCUAGUAUCCGUCUAGUAUCAAACACACAAAACGGGCGGAGCGAACCUUCUCUUCCUCAUAAAGAUACGACGCUAUUCUCUGAAAGCAAAGCCGAAACAACCAGACCAGAGAUGUACGCGGUAAAAUUGAACCGCGCGGCCGACAUGCUCGCCCAGCUCGCGACCUUGCCCAGCCCGAUCCGGCGGCGGACCCCGUUCCUGAUCGACGCGCUGGCGACGAGCACGACGGUCCACACCGCGGUGGCGGUCGUGGUUGCAGGCUCGCACAAGGAAGAGCAGGUCAAGGCGAGGAUCCAGCUGGAAAUUGGAGCCUUGAAUGCCUUGGGCGAGGUGUGGCCUGUUGCCAGGAUGGUGAACAAACAUCUUCUCGAAAUGUAUCAGGAGAUGAGGAGAAAGCGUAAUUAG